GUCUAGCACACGUGUAUAUCAGAGGCAAAGUUAUUUGUAUAUGGACAACGUUCUAGUGUGAGUUUGUAUAAGAGAAGUCAAGAGAUCAUUUGUACAUCCCGUACACGUGAAUGUUCUCCAACAAGGAAGGAAACUUUUUUGUGAAAUAUAAUUUUGUCUUCUUGGUUAUCAUCCACAAUGUACAGACGUUGGAUAUAUAUGUGCCUUAUAUUCUAUCUUACUUUGGAAACUUCUUAUUCACAGUGUUAUGACGACAAACCUUGUGAAUGUCACUGCAAUUGUUGUUCAACAUGCUUUGGACGUUACUGCUCCUCGUGCAGUAGACAAGGCUGGAGUGGCUUAACUGCCAAUCGAUGUCAGAGAAACAAUAUAGCUUAUAAUCAGAGAACCAACCAAAUUUCCACACGUUGGGACUCGCGCAAUGCAGUAGAUGAAGACAGCUUAACAUACUCUCGGACUAAAUAUGAGAAAAAUCCUUGGAUAAUAGUGAAUUUUGAUAAAAUCGAAAGAGUAAAAUACAUGAACAUAAUACUUUCGGCUGAUGUUGGACGAUACUUCGUAUACGUGAGAAAUUCGUCAAAUAAGAAUUCAAUUCUAGAUAGAGAAUCUUUGUGUGCUACAAUACAGAUUCAUAGAAUUGAGCGAUUGGAUUGGAACAUUACAUGUAACAAUGACAAAGUAAUUACCGGUGAUCAAGUACUUGCUUUGAAAGAAACAUCUGAUGGAAUUUUGACCGUUGUUGAUAUCAAAGUAUUCCAAUGCAGCACAGGUACAUACGGGUUCUUGUGUGACAAGAUGUGCGUAAAGUGUUUGGACAAUCAAUGUGACGGAUUUACGGGAGUUUGCAUAAAAGGCUGCAAGAGUGGUUGGUAUGGAGACAGGUGUGACGUAGAGUGUUCCUCUGAUUGUGAAAGUGGUUCCUGUGACAGAUAUAAAGGGUGUACAGAUUGUCGUGAUGGCUACAACGGGGUUGACUGUAAUAAAUGCACAUCAGGUACUUAUGGGAAAAACUGUAGUUUGAAAUGUGUGAAUUGUCAAGCAGGAUUUUGUAACAAUGUUAAUGGAUGUCAAAAAUGUUGGAGUGGUUUCUAUGGACCGAGUUGUAAUAAGCUCUGUCCAGAAGGUUGCAGGAAUGAUGAAUGUGAUAAGGAAUCUGGACUCUGUUCUGCGGGAUGUAAAGACGGAUACAAAGGCCCGGAUUGUCAACAACCUUGUGACAGUGGAUAUGCAACCUGUGAUACGAAUGAUCCAUGUAUUUCUUGUGUAGACGGAAGCUAUGGUCAACGAUGUGAACGUAUUUGUCCAGAAACGUGUGGCGGGAACAAGUCCUGCGAUAGAAUCAACGGUCAGUGUCAUGAGUGCAUUGCUGGAAAAUAUGGUGGAAAUUGUUCACAGUCCUGCAGUAAGAAUUGUUUCUCUGCUGGCAUCUGUAAAAGGAAUGGGGAAUGUCGAAGUGGCUGUAUCAAUGGAUGGAUAGGUCCAAAAUGCGAUAAAAAGUGUUUAGAAAACUGUUCACAAUGUACACUGUCUAUGUCUGAAAUAGUGUGUGAAAGAUGUGCCGAAGGACACUACCUAGACAGUGACAGGAAGUGUCAAAGCUGUCCAUCGAACUGUUUAUCGUGUGACAGUAAGUCGAGAUGUACCCGAUGCAAAGAAAGGUUUACUGGAAAUUUGUGUGGAAGUAAAUGUAACGUGAAUUGCAUUGAUGGUUUAUGUGAAAUUGAUGGUCACUGUUUAUUUGGAUGUAGUAACAGGAAGCAUGGCAUUGGAUGUAUCGAGGAUUGUAGGGAUAAUUGUGUGCAUUGCUAUAAUGGAAACAACUGUACACGAUGUUUACCAGGAUAUUACGGAGUAUAUUGCGCUGACAAUUGUUACAAAAACUGUUACAACUGUACUUCAUUUUUUAAUUGUGAAGCAUGUAAAGCUGGAUUUUAUGGAAGUGACUGUCAGAACGAUUGUUCUUCUGAAUGCCUGACCUGUGACUCGGCAGAUUCUUGUACUUCUUGUAGAGAAAGCUGGUCAGGUAGCUCUUGUCAGUGUAAUUCAAAAUGUGCUGACGAAUGUGGAAACAAUGGAAAAUGUUGGAAUGGAUGUAAAGGUUCUUUUUAUGGUGACUAUUGUGACACCCCCUGUCCAUCGGAUAGCUGUGAGAAAUGUGAUCAAACGUUUGGAAACUGUACAGAAUGCACGAAGGGGCGACACGGAAUCCAUUGUGAUAUGGAUUGUAGUGGGACAUGUCUGGAAUCAGCGUGUGAUAUCGCUGGUGGGUGUCUCCGGGGCUGUGUAGAGAGGUUUACUGGAGCAAACUGUGCUGAUCAAAUAAUACCAUCAAAGAGUACGUCAUCAACAACGUCUUAUGUCUACGUUGUCGCCGUCCUUGGAGGUCUGUUACUGGUAUUGACAAUUACACUGGUUACAUUCUUUGUGAAACGAAAAAGGGAGCGAGAAAGAACGAUUCGAAUGACCUAUCAAACUGUCCGAGUCGCCUGCCAGGAAGCUGACCAUGACUACGAACGUGUUACAGGGAACGAAUGUGUUAGCAGGGAACCUGAUUAUCAAACUAUCGAUUCCUGAAAUUGCGGGACUGUGUUAGCAAGGUCUUCAGUCGUUUUCGAACUGAGUCACAAAUAAAAUGAAAUAAAGAAAAAGCUACAUUUAACAUGUUUAAGAGAGUGUGUAGACUUUGGGCCCAUUACUAUAUAUCUACGUGAUCUGUUCAAAUUUUAAAAGAAUUAAUGAUCACGUUUUCGUGUAUGUUACAGGAUAACCUCUUUGGUCUCGUUGUUUGAAAUAUUGAAGCCUCGGGUAACGCUAAGAUUGCUCGACCUUAGAGGUUAUCCUGCAACAUUCGAAAACAAGAACCUUUAUUUCUGUUCUACUAAGGCUCAGAAAUAUACAGCGGAUCGUUUCCCUACAUGUAUAAAGCUUCGUAUUAGGUCACUGUGAUGUCAUGACAGUUUGCCAAAUGAACUGGGCCUACAUGUUUUUGCUGACGAAAAAGGUCAGGUGGUAGGGCUUUUCUAGAACUAUUUCAAAAAGACAUUUCAAGCAUUUAGUUUGAUGUUGACAGAUUGUAAUAAUUGAUUUGAAUACACAGUCCAAGGAAACUUGUUUGUGCAUUAAAAUGUUUACAUGUGUAUUGAUCUCGUAAUACAGACGAUUGAGUUUUAAUGAAUGACAAAUGUUCUUCAGUCAACAUAUAUUGAUUGAUAUUGAUUGAUUUUUAUUAUUAAAAAUUGAAUUAUCA